AUGGCUCCAAAGACGUCAAUUGAAGCACACAAUGUAAUAUCAGACUAUUUCCUAGUUUUUAACAACGAAUUGAGGCGUUUUUUGGAUCCUUUAUGGUGCAGAUCGCAGCUUUCUAGCUCAUAUUUGCAUGUGAACAGCCAGGCCAAAUGGUUGAACAUGGGGGUUUUGGAAUCAGCGGAAAGGGUGGACUUCAGUGAUGGAGAGGAAGAAAAUGAGGAAGAAGAAGAAGAAGAAAAUGAAGAAGACCGAGAAGGGAAUUAUCAGGGUGUUUUUUGGAGUUGUGAGGAAAAAGAAGUGUUUUUUCAUCAUUUGUCGAGGUCUUCGAUCCAUAGACUUGACGAUUGGGCUCAAUUUCUCCCGCAGAAAUCUAAGUUUGAGAUCAUGGCGUAUCACGAAGUGUUGCGCAGAAAUCUGCAAGAACUCAAAAAUCUAGAUACUAAGCGUCAUGGCGCCAUUUUGACGAAAAUGGACUUCCCAAUUGCAUACGAGAUGGACGAGUUUUUUGUGGCACUUGAAGAGAAUAUAGCCAACGCCGUUGAUGAAGAGCAAGCAGCGGAGUAUGAAAGCUCCGAAUCGAGUUUUGACGGUAUCAUCAAUUUCGAAAAUUGGUCAAAACGUUGGAACCCCAUAUACUCGAAAACUGGCAUAGAAGAGCUUCAGCCAGCUUCGAGAACGGCUUUGCCCUUCUCGCAAGAAUCUCAGGAUUUUUUGGAAAAGUGUAUCGCGCUUCAGCUUCGCAAAAUCCUGCUUUACACCGUUUUGCCUAAUCUUGACCGAAAACAUGUUUCCAGAAGAAACUUGCUGAAAGGCAAACCAUUCCGGGUUUCAGAACGUCCGGAAGAACCAGAUGAAGUUGUAGUGAUAGGUGAGUCCAAAUCGAAUCUCCCCCACGUCGUUACAGAAGAAGAUGUUUGGAAAGGGCUGGCUACGAUGCGACAAGAAGGUUUGGCAGCUCCAAGUCUAGCAGAAAGUGUACUUUCCACUUUAAAAAAAUUCAAACUAAAGCAUAAAGAGGGCCGGAUCUUCAAGACCCAUCGAACGGCUAUGGGCGUGGUGCCACGAAUUUUGGCUCAUGCGCAAGCCGUUCACGACCUCGAAAACUCACGAAAAGAAGAAUCUGAAUCCGAUAACGCUCAAGAGGACUCACAAACGGAACCUUUUGCUCAUAUACAUCAAAAGCUUUUCCAGCUGAACGGAAAAAGGAAGGAUGAUCAGAGCUUCAUUGUUCAGGAUAAAUUUGAUCAGAUCAAUAACCCUUUCGAAAAAAAGCUUUGCGAUCUAGAAACACUUAAGCUAGAACGGCAUGACAUUCAUCUUUCACAGCAAUACCAACAUGCGCUUCUUGCCUUUUUGCAAGGCGAGGAUGCACCUAUUCAACCUUUAAAACUGGAAGAUUCUGAUGCUCAUUUGAACGAAGAAGGAAUUCCAGAAACCAUACAGCGAGAAUUUCAGUACGAGUGA